AGAGACUUCUUAUGUUCUGAGAAUUUCUAAUCCCACUGGCAUGUUCAAUAAACUCCAUUUGUGUGUGUGUGUGUGUGUGUGUGUGUGUGUGUGUGUAAAAUGUGUACAUUGAGAUCAGAGGACACCCUGCAGGAGUCAUUAUCUCUCCUUCCACACAUGGGUCCUGGGAACCCAACUCUGGUUCUCAAGCUUGGUGGCGAGUACCUUUCCAGGCCGAGCCAUUUCUCAGCCUUCAGUGUAUCUCAUUUUGGGUUUCCUAUUUUGUUUCUAACCCUCAAGCCUUUCAUCACAAUGUUUACCUUGAGGGUGGGGCAGCUAGCUAUUCUAAGGACCUGAGUGGAAAUCAGUACCAUAUGACAGUUAAGAGACCACAUGCUCUCCAACGCUGAAUCUAAACUCCAGGCAAUGUCUCCAGACUGCCAACAAUAUAUAACGGACACAGAGAAAGCAUACCACUUUUGAAGAAGACUUGUUCAGAAGCUAGGUUCUUAAAGCCUUCACAGCUGGUGUAGCUCAUUGGCUGAACCCCACACUGACUAUCAUUUUCUUCUUUAGUUUUUGAGCAUUCAUUGUGACAUCAUUAGAAUUCCGUGCUUCUCUGUGAUAUCACCAGGAUAUGCAGAGCUUGACUGACUGCCCUUGUUCAUGGUCCAACAUACUGCUCUAAAGCUUGAAUGAUUAACACCUUGAAUGGGCAAGGUAUCCCAUGGACCCCUUUCUCACCCUGUGAACACCCUUCAUUUCAGAAGCUUUGCUUCUGCUGCAGCUAGACAUGUCACUCAGCGUCUUGAGUAGGAAAGAGAAGGAAAAGGUCAUCCACAGACUCUUGAUCCAGGCUCCUCCUGGGGAAUUUGUGAAUGCCUUUGACGAUCUCUGUCUGCUUAUCCGAGAUGAGAAGCUCAUGCACCAUCAGGGUGAGUGCGCAGGUCAUCAGCACUGCCAAAAAUACUGUGUCCCACUCUGCAUCGAUGGCAAUCCAGUCCUCCUGUCUCACCACAAUGUGAUGGGCGACUUCCGGUUCUUUGACUACCAGAGCAAACUUUCUUUCAGGUUUGACCUGCUCCAGAAUCAGCUGAGAGACAUCCAAAGCCACGGAAUCAUUCGCAAUGAGACCGAGUACCUGAGAUCCGUCGUGAUGUGCGCCUUGAAACUCUACGUGAACGAUCACUACCCAAACGGAAACUGCAACGUGCUGAGAAAAACAGUCAAGACCAAAGAAUUCUUAAUAGCUUGCAUUGAAGACCACAGCUAUGACAACGGAGAGUGUUGGAACGGUCUCUGGAAGUCUAAGUGGAUCUUCCAGGUAAACCCGUUUCUAACCCAAGUGACAGGAAGAAUUUUUGUACAAGCUCACUAUUUUAGAUGCGUCAACCUUCAUAUCGAAGUCUCCAAGGAUCUAAAGGAGAGCCUGGAGGUGGUCAAUCAAGCCCAGUUGGCUCUCAGCUUCGCCAGGCUUGUGGAAGAACAAGAGAAUAAGUUUCAAGCUGCUGUCGUCGAAGAGCUCCAGGAGUUGUCUAACGAAGCCCUGAGGAAAAUAUUACGGAGGGAUCUUCCAGUGACGCGCACUUUGAUUGACUGGCAACGGAUCCUCUCGGACUUGAAUCUGGUGAUGUACCCCAAGUUAGGAUACGUGAUUUACUCCAGAAGUGUGUUGUGCAACUGGAUAAUAUAAAAGGUUGCUGCUCCUGAUUAUCGUCUCAAGCUAAAGUGUUUUCUGGGGAGUAAGUGCUUGGAUAGAGUUGAGAAGCUCCUGGACUAGUAACAAGCCUGUCUUUAGUCCUAUGACAGUUUGAAGAGGGGGAAGGAUAAAUCAUGUUAUACAGUCAGUAGUCAUCAACACGGCAAAAAGGGUAAAUACAUUUCGUAAUGUUAACUGUCACAAACUCUAGAGGUCUUUAUUAGAGCCUAAAAUAAUUUAGGAGGUGGCCAUGACUUCUAUAUGACUCCUUUGUAUGUUUCUGUGUCUGUGUGCCUGUGUGUGUAUGUGUGUGUGUGUGUGUGUGUCUGUGUUGG